UCUGGAUUUCUAAGUUCCUAUCUAAUGCGAUACUCACUUUUAUGAUAUAAUAUCUGUGUGUUUAUGUUAUAAAAGAUUUACAUUAUGGGAUUUAUGUUUGGUGGAGUCAAUAUUAUUAAUAUCCAAUUUAUAUAAAUAUACAAACCUCAUUUGCGUAUGUACUUAUAUUUGUAGGCUCUUUGUUUCUACUACUUACUUGAGACUUCCAAUUAUGCAUUAUUUCCACCCAAUCAAUCAAUUCAAUGCUUUAUUUCUCUCAUAUUUAAUGUUAUUAGGUUAGUGUUUACUUCUUUUGAUGUUUAUCAGUGAGACAUUUCAGUUUUCGUGCCACAAUAAUGGCGGCAGUGGAUUAACCUAUCUACUUAUUUUAACCUUUUUUACCAGCAUUCUUGCGUUUUAUAUGCUUUAUUUCAUAUUAAUUCUUUAUACAUUCUCGUAGGGCAUGAAAUAAAUCGAGUUUCAUCACUUUUUGGACAAUGACCUCGACUGUCACAUUAUCCUAUUUGUAGACUAAAAAUAUUUGAGCGAGAAAAUUACGAUGUGCAUCGCGUGUUGUCGUGUGAACUGUGAAGAUUUGUGGGUAAAGAAUCAAUUUUCGAUUGCAGUCACAUGAAAUAAGGUCGGAGGCCGCAGUGGUCUCCUCGGCGUCAUCUCGGGCUUGACCCAAGAUGAUAAUAUUUACAGCAUGUCAGCUUCUCCAGACUUUGAUCCUGCUGCCCGGCAAGAUUACCGGCCGGCCACCUCCAGUGAAAAUGUGUAUGAACAUGUUAUGGAACAUAAAUUAGCAGAUAAUAUGAGUGUACCAAGCAUUAGAACUCCAGUUUUAAGGGCUCUGCCCCUUUCCCCCACUGAUGGUGACCCUGAACCUGAUUCUACUCACCCUGAAAGUAUUAUCCAGUCCGCACGCAGUAAUAUUGAUAAAGAAGUAGAGUACCACAUUACUGACAAGAGACGGGACACAGAGAUGUCUGUAGAUGCACUAUCUGGACUUGUAAGGAUUGAGGAAGGCCUUGAUAAUGUAGGACGCAUCACUUACCCUAUUAUUCAAGAUGGAGACGACUCUGGUGAUGGCAACUAUGAAAACACAAGUGCCACUCUCAUCCAGGCUCCACUGAACACUGCAAUUGUUCAGAAUGUCGCAAAACUGCCACAGAACUUCACUAUAAAUGUAGAUGCCACUGUAAGCAACAUUACAGCUAUUCAAAAUGUAUCACAAGAUGUGGGCAAUCAGACUCUAUGGCUGCCUACUAUUCUCACAAGCGCUGCUCCUACUGACAGCAAAAGUGAAGAGGAGAGAUCACAAUCUGGUCUAUCACAGAUCAUUAUAACCAGUGAAAGCUAUGUCAAUGAUACAAAUCAAUUGGGAAGACGGACAAAUAUAGUAACGGAAACUAGCUAUGCAAGCCGACCCAAAUCAUCAAAAGUGCAAAUUUUGAGCAACAUAUCUAUCCCAAAGAACACAAGUUAUUCAUCACAGUAUAUAACCCAGGGCAAAGAGCUUGCCUCACAAGUGUAUGGCACACAGAACCAUGUAUACAAGUUGAGCACUAAUGUGAUGUCACAAAAGCAUUUAAAUAAUUCAGUACUAUGCUCGAAGCCUCCAAAGAGUCAGUCUCUAAUCGGCUGCUCUACGUUGUCACCUCAAGUAAUCAGCAGCCCUAUCAAAAACGUUUCUUAUAGUCACACUUUUACAAAAAGCUCGAAUUUGAAAUCUUUGGGCAAAGUGAACAAUGGUGCUAACUUAAACGCCGUGGUCGCGGCGUCCUCGGGCAACACGCAGUGCCAUAUACUAUCGCGGGUCGUCUCAGGCCCUAACAAGAUGUCCGUUCACUCAGGCAGAAAAUCUGUAAAUACUUUAAAACAGGCAAAAAAUUCCGGACAGCUCUCGGGACAGAAGAAUCAAUCGAGAGCUAUCAAGAUAAUACAGCAGGCAGGCACUGCACAUAAAUCAGAGUCCAAGGCCUGGCCUGUCGCUAGUGUGGCUACAUAUAAGAACCAGCAGCCGAUAUAUGGCGUAGUGGACUCAAACACAUCUAAGAUCAUACAGAAAGUGGGUAGUCCAACACAUAAGAGUCAUCAUCAGAUUCAAAAGUUGCCUUCUAAAGGGGAGAGGUUGGUUCUCCAGUCGCCAUGUGGGCCCGUGCUUAUAUCCACAGCGCCUAUAAGCACAAGCAUGCCGCGCGGGCCUCACUACGUCCAGUCUGGUGCCACGCCCAACUUAAGAUAUGUACAGACAUAUACUCCGACAGACAAUCAGCUCUCUACUGUGUCUCAAGUGUCAGCGAACCAGCAGCUGACUGCACAGAUAUUGCAAUCGCUAGCGCAGCCCAAGCUGAUGCUGCAUCCCAGUGCAAAUUCUCCACUGAUACCACCUCCUCAACCUGUGGAGGAACCUAUGGAGCCAAAACCGAUUAAUCAAAGGAGGAUUGUGUUCGGGGACAAGUCGACUCGUUUAACCGCGGACGAUAUAAUCGGCAGCGAGGAGCGCCCGAACCUAUCGGAAGAAUUACAGCGGUACACCUUCCACGACCUGGCGCUCGUGAUGCUGGACCACACGUACGCGGCGCCCGGGCAGAAGCAGCCCGCGCCGCCGCCCGCCCCCGUGCCUGUCUACGCGCCGCCGCUGGCGCUGCCGCCCGCCGUCGUGUCGCCGCCACCGCUACCGACGCCUCCGAGCCCGUUGAAGAGGCACUCGCCGGUUAUAAUGUCGACCGCGCCUUACGAACCGCCGGCACCCCUACUAGCACCCAUUCCCGUCGCUCCACCCCUGCCUCUGAGCACUUUAACUUACAAGCCUCCGGCGAUUCAAGACGACGAUACCGCCUCCGUCAUCUCGUCGAUCGACGGCGACCGUCGCCCCGCCGCCGGCGGCAGCGACACCGAAACCGCACCGGAAGGCGAGGAGGAAGGAAAAACUCGAUGCGUCUGCGAGUUCACACACGACGACGGAUACAUGAUCUGCUGCGACCGCUGCGGCGAAUGGCAGCACGUUGACUGCAUGGGUAUCGACCGGAACAACAUCCCCGAUGCCUACAUGUGUGAACUGUGCCAACCUCGAGCUGUAGACCGAAGACAUGCGCGAGCGAUCCAGCUACGAAAGCGAGAGGAACUUAGCGCGCUUGGCGCUUCCGAUACGGACUCUUCAGAAAGCACCAGGAUGCCCGGAGCGCGUCGCAAACGACUCCUCACUGUCACCACUUACACUGACACUAGCGGGUCUUGUGUCACCACGUAUAAUUCGGCCACCCCUGCCGUGCCUACGUUACCACCGCUACCCCCAAUGCCGCAGCCGACCCUCACUCUACCCAAACGCGGCCCUAAACGCCCUAAGAAGGCCGAAGUUGUCAGAAAAGGCACCAAGAGAAAACUUACAGAAAAGAGGGUCAAACGUAAGAAAGAGAUGAUAAUGAAUCGAAACAAGUACACCUCGAGCGUAUCCAGCCAAUCACACUGGGGAGAAUCAUUUGAGCAGGCUAUGACUAACCAUUACAGCCCUGAACUGAGGGCGAAAAUAAUGAAAUACAGCAGUAAACUAGGAAACACGACGAACAUGUCAUCCGCUAUCACGGCGCAUUUGUGUACCACUGUACCACACGCCGGCGGCAAAAUCCUUAUUGCGACAAAGGACUUGAAAGAAAACACGCCAGUUAUAGAGCUUAGAGGGAAAUAUAUGCUGUCGAACCAGCACAGGCCACAGCUACAGAAUUCAGCGCGUGCGGGCAGCCAAAAACCUGGGCCUUUCGUCUUCUUCUAUAGACUGCCUAAGGAUAACACGCAGAUCUGUAUCGAUACAAGAACUUAUGGCAAUGAAGCCCGGUUUGUUAGGAGAUCUUGCAAACCCAACGCGGAACUCCAACACUGCAUCAUCAAAGGCGCGCUACACGUCUACUUAUACACUAUUGGGACGAUCCCGUCGAAUACAGAAAUAACAGUUGGGCACGACACUAACGGCAGCAAGCAGCCGUGCGCUUGCGGCAACCCUAAACACUGCAAGGUCAACGGUUUAAAUUCCUCACUAGUUGGGAGGAAAAGCAUCGAUUACCCUCCAAGAGAAAAGAGGAGUAGGAAUAGGUGUUCCAGCUCAUCUUCCCCUGCGUCGCCACCGCUGGCACCCGUUCUAGCUUCCCCGGCUAAAGAAUACCCUUGCCCAGUAACACCCAUCAAAAUAGAAAAGAAAUCACCCAUAAAAUACGAAUACUCACCAAUGUCUCCUGUAAAAAGCGCCAUCAUGGCCCUCAACUUUGACCAGCCAAUGAAAACAGAGAUCCCAGAAGAUAUCAAACCAGAAAUGGAUUUAACGGCCAAAGAGGAGAUGAAACCGGAGAUAGAUGAGCCAGAUUACGUGAAAAUGGAGACUGAGGAGGUGAAACCGGAGGAACCGGUCCCAGAUCCUGAGCCUCAACCUGAACCUGAACCGGAACCGAUUAAGGCAGAACCAGAAACAAUCAAAGAGGAAGUGAAACCUCAAAAAGAAGAAACUAAGACAGAGCCUGAAUCUAAUGAAGAACCUGUAAAACAAGAAGUGCCGAAAGAGGAAGUUAAAGAGGAAAUAAAGGAAGAGCCUAAAGAAGUUAAACAAGAGAGUCCAAAGAAAGAGACACCUAAAGUGGAAGAAAGGGAGCGUAGGACUAGACGAGAUGGACUUGAUGAUGAAAGACCGGCUACAAGGGAAUAUACAGCCAAGUCGGCGUGCCACGAUCGAUCGUCCAGGUCUAGUAGGAACACUUGUACGAACCAGGACUCUUUGGAUGAUAAAACUGAUGAUUCGCAGGACAAACUGCCGAACAAUAAGGACAAGGAUAAGAAGAAAAUGACUCGUGAGGAGCGUAAAAUGGAAGCCAUCAUGAAAGCGUUCGAACGCAUGGAGAAAGCGGAACAACGUAAACAGGAGGUGAAGGAACGGCAAAAGCGGAGGGAAUCAGAUCCUCACCCAAAUGCGGUAGACAAGGAUGAUGAUGAUGACUUCCAGUGCAGCUCCAAAAAGAGGAAGAAACGCAAAGGGCGAGCCCGCACAACAUCCCAGUCCAACCGGCGGCGCCUGAACUCGGCCGACAGCGACCUGGUGACGUCGGGCGACGAGCCGCGCACGCCGCCGCGGCCGCAGCGCAGGGACAGCGCGCCGCACAACAACGAGGCCGACAGGAGGAACGAUCCCAUCAACGAAGAUCUCGGCCUAAGCUCAGCAUGUUUACUAGUAGAAGCCGCUGUCGGUUCUGUGGAAUCCGCCUUUAAACUGCCUAAGACUAAGAAAACUAUGGCCACGGAAUGGAUAGGCCGCUCGCCCGAGCGGACACCGUCGCCCUACAGAUCUCCGUACAGACCGCCUUUGAUGUCCGCCACAUCUUUAGAGAGCCUCGUGAGAGUUGCCUCCACGAUGAUUGGCGAUUUAAGUGGGGCCCCAGACUUCCACGAGGAAGAUGCGACAUCCCCACCCAGAACCCCCGGCCGGGAUCGAAGCAGGCCUCCAAAGAAGGCUAGAAGGAUUACUCGGAGCACCCCUCCAACUGAAGUCGUGGAAACGACGCCUACUGUGAUACCCCAGCAUAGUGCUAAGAAACGGUGGCUGAGACAGGCCAUCAGUGAAGAAAGCGACUCUCCUAAUGCGGAUGCGUUUGUUGCAGAAUCUCCGCCCAACGAAAUAGUGACGCCAUUGAAGAAGCGACGGUUAGCGAGAGAAUCGCUAUCCUGCGAACCUAAUAAUAUUGUGCCUUGUCACGACGAGGUGUCACCCAAUUUAACGUCUGAGGAUUCUCCGGUGAAGGACGACGGCGGUCUGAUCCGGCAGUACAACGUGCGCGGCAUCAUGGAGGGCGUGUACGGCCGCGACCGCACGCGCUCCGACAGCGGCCAGGGCUCCGACGACCAGUGUCACCCCGACCACGACGUGCUGAACGUCAACAUGGCCACCACCGACACCGAGCACAUCCGCCGCAUCAUCGGCGUGCCCACCCCCGAGGACGAGCUGCCCCCGCCGGCCAAGCCCGACUUCACCACCAACAACAACAACGUCGAACCCGACGACCCCAACUACGACAAGGUCGUCCCCAUGGACAUCGACACCACCGUCACCCCCCAACCGAAAUUAGAGAGCAGUGAACCCACCAACUGUGAUAUCAAAGGGUUGGACCUGCUCAAUGAUAAACAGAACAGUUCCCGAUCUGCAGAUACUAGCGGAAACUCAUCCCCGCAGCGCGACGAAAUGGACGACAUACAGAAGAAGAUUCACUCCUUCCACACCGAAAACAUUCUCUUCCUCAAGAGCAGGAACAAGAAACCUCCGAAAGAAAAGCGGAAGAAGGUCAAUCUGAACUUCGAUCUCAACAUGGUGGACGACCAAAUCAGUAUUCAAUUGCGCACAGAGAAGGAGAGUUCGAAGUCGCCGGAGAUUAAUGGUGACAUUCACGACGAUAUCAGCAAUUCGGCGUUACUGGCGCCCGAAAACAUACCUUUGCCCGACGAUCCGGGCCCGAUUCCUCCUCUAGAAGCGAUACCGUUACCGGAGGAGCCGAUGCGGCCUAUAAAGAAGCAAUAUACGGGAAACAUGAAGAACUCCAAACUGGUGAUUAAUGGAGUUAUGCACGACUCAUACACGAUCGGAGACUCGAUGGCUCUGCCGGCGCCGGAGAACAUCCCCCUGCCGGAAGACCAGGCCCCGCUAUCUGUGAUACCGCCGCUGGAGACGAUUCCUCUGCCCGAGGAGCCGCGGCGGCCGCUCAAGGCCCGGGUCAAGCAGAUGAUGGAAAAAGAGGAGAAGGAAGCUUUAUCCAACGAUACGGAUUCCAAGUCGUCCGAACUCAACGGGGAGGUGCAUUCCGAAGUGGAUUCUAUCCCUCUGCCGGACGACAUCCCUUCACUAGAGGCUAUCCCUCUGCCGGAGGAACCGAUGGAACCGGUGCGAGUGCCCGCGUCCCCCGCGAGCAAACCUGAAGAAAAAUCCUUACCGGUGAAGGAUAAACCCUCAGUUCUGGAGAGCCCACUCCCCUUCUCGUCGAGGUUCAGCUCGACCGGACUGUUCUCGGGGAUCUUCAGCAACUUCUCGCAACCCUACGACGUGCCUGCGGCCGCGGACCCGGUGCCGUCUAUAAUAAAAAGUGCAAUAGAUAGGACUACAAGUUUAGACAAUAGUAUAUUCGAUAAAGAUAGUAUUACGGGUGUGGACGAACUGAAGAGUGUGCAGGAGAUAUUGACUCGCGUGAGCAACAUGGACUCGAAUAACAGUGUGCUGCUGUCGGGGGUGCUGCAGGGCUCGGGCUCUGGGGCGAGCGCGCUGGAGGCGGGGGGUGCGGGUACCGCGGGGCUGCACGGGCUGCCGGGGCCCGCCAAGCCCUUCGGCGCGCGCGCCACCGACCCGCGCCUCAACCCGCCGCCGCAGGACAAGCCCAAACCAGUCAGAAGGAAGCUCUCUAUCACCGAAUACCGCAAGCGGCACCGCGGGGCCCUCAACGAGGAGCCCCACCCGUCCGAGGGCGAGGCGCACGGGCCCGAGUGGUCGUCGGAGUCCUCCGGGGCCUCGGGCGCCGGCUCGCUGUCGCCGCAGCGGCUCGACGCGGCCGCCGCCGCCGCCGCCGACGACUUGGAGCAGAGGCUGCAUCGGGAGCUCGCUAAUGCGCAUUUGCCUAAAGUCGCACCUUCGGAGAGCGGAGCGCUUACAGGAGUGUUCGACGCACAACCGACGGCGUCCGAGCGGCAGCGAGAGAACCUCAGCUCGCGGCUGCGGCGCGAGUUCGGCCUCGCCCUGCCCGUGGACGAGUGGCACGAGGCCACCACAGAGGGUGCGGCAGUUGUUCCUGCGCGGCGCUGCGACAGAUAGACCCGUAAGGCAUAUUUUUGUAAAUCUCACGGCGCAGGGCGCCGCUGUAUAGCUAAGUUAACGUACGUUUUGUAACGCGGGAGCGCCCGAGCGCUCAAACUGUAUAUUUCCGUUUCACUUCAGUGUUUUUUUCACGGUUUUUCUGCAAGUACAAAUUGUUUUUAUUUCCCUUUGUAAAUAUUGUACAUAGGAGAUGAAUUAAGAUAGGAUGUAGUGGUACAUAUGUAUAAUGGUAUAUUUUUUUUAUGUAUGUAUAACGUUUAUGUAUGUCGGAUAUAUUUAUUUAAUAGAAGGACCGUCUAUAGAAGGAUUGCUAGGAUUUUUGUACGCAUAAUGUUUAAGUAAAUUAUAGUUGUUUUUAUUAUUUGUUUUACUUUUUAGCGUGUAUAGAGCUAUGCGGGCUCCUAAGUGUAGGUCUCGUUAGGGUAGCGUUUCCGGUGUAACGGUUAGUUUGGAUACCGAUUUCAUGUUAGCCAUUAUUAGAGGUUAAAUCUGUGUUAUAAUUUAAGUAAGCGCUUUGUUACUGCGUAGAUAAUGGCGGCUGCGGAAGCACUUGCAGGGACAGCCUAUACAAGCUAUGAAUAUGAGACGUUAAAAUUCGAAAUCGAACUGAACAUUUCACGCUAUUUGUACAAGCACGUAUAGGAAAGUUGUACAAGUUGUAUGACAUUAUACGUUCCAUUUUAGUUACAUCGUCCCAUAUUCAAUGCAUCUAUGAUCCCGCAUCACAAUGUCGAGGCAGCUAGCUCCGAUCCACACCCACGUUAUCGUUGGAAAUUAUUGCAAACGGCAAAAUAGUCAACAUGUGUAGCAAGCUUCUGUUUGACGGUUGACUGGUAGAGAAUGGCUUUAAGUCCGCCAUUCGUAGAGAUGAAUGCAUCCCCUCAUAUAAUGUUUGUAUUUGAUUUAGCAAAAUAUAUCUCGAGACGCACAUAAUACUCUAGCACGGUUUUGUAGCAAAUACCUAUUAAUAUAACUAGCAACCCGCCCCGGCUUCGCACGGGUAACUUAAAAACUUAACAAAUUGUACACCUAAAGCUUUACGUAUCACUCUAUUGAUACCUAGGUGAAAACCGCAUGAAAAUCCGUUCAGUAGUUUUGAGUUUAUCGCGAACAUACAUACAAACAGACAGACGCGGCGGGGGACUUUGUUUUAUAAGAUGUGAAACGGAUGCGAAAGUAACACACGUCUGUAUUUCUGUUACUUAUUUACUAUGAAAAUAUUUUUAGGAUUCUCAAGUCUCCCGUUAGUGAGAAAUUGGGGAUGGGCGUAGGCGUUACUUAUUUUGGGAAACCCGGGGUGGGUGUACCGUAGGAGGUAGGGGGGCUAAUAACAAAGCGAAGCCCACAAGGGCAGAGACGCGAACACAGCUAGUAGAAUAUAAACGUACCAUGAUUGGUAUUUAGCUAUUUUUAGGCGAUUUAUAUUUGAACCUUUAUAAUAGAUACUAGCAAAUAUAUUGCGUUCAAAGUUAGCUGUAAAUUGUUAAAGCUUGAAACGUGCACGAACUGUAGAGGGCAGCACAGGAGCCCCCUGUUUAUUGGCGUGAAGUGUAAAUGCCAAGUUUAAGCUUCCAAUGUAGCCCACAAGAUGGCAGAACCUACAAUGCACAAGAAAACGUACGUGAGCUGUAGAGUGCACUUGAUUUGGCGUGAAGUGUCAAUGUAGAGUUUAUGUUUCCGAUUCAGGCCACAAGAUGGCAAGAUCCUCAAACGCGCACGGCCCCUAUAGGCUCACAUGUUUCGACUAAAAAGCCGUACUGCAAUGAUUUGCAUCUAUAACUUCAUAAGCAACUAUACCUUUACUGCCAUAUUCAGACAAUAUUAUGGCAUACACGUGAUCAGUGAAUUUUAGCCCUUAUUGUACACAAAACAAGGUGCAUGCUCGCAGUGAAUAAGAUUUAACAAUAGCUAGUAAAUAGAAGUUAUUCGUCUCAUCGAAGCGAUCGUAUAGUGGCCGAAUUAUAAAAAAGAGACACACUGAAAUAGAGUGCUGAAUUGAAAAAAAUCUUGUUGACCAAAUAGGAUUUUUUCUAGUAUUUUUACAAAUACUAGCCAAUAUAUUAGAAAAUAAUUGGCGGAACGAGCUUUGUAAAAUUUAAUAUAAGUAAGGCUUUAAUCUAUUUGAUUAAGUUUACAGUUUAUUUGAUUAAUUUGCGUAACGAAAAGUAGUCAUACUUGAGGGUCACUUUCGUUACUCAAUGAAAUUAAAUAAAUUGAAGACGAAUUGAAGUCAAUACUUUUCUUAAUCUAUCGGCGUGAAAAUACCGUCUAGUGGGACACUAUUUUGACAGCACGUUUUUGGGUUCAUUUCAGCAAUCUAUUUUAAAAUACUUUUAGCAACACAUUGUCACAUCCGACUGCAACCCCUCAAGCAGCAGAAGUUGCUAAGCGGGCGAGGUGUUCGAAAUUACCUUGAUGCGCUCUUAUUCUCUUAACAAUAAAGUCGUCAAGAUCAUUUUGAACACCUCGACCGCUUAGCAACUAUUGCUGCUAACUUUACCAUGUCUAUACAACAUGAUGUUUUUAUCUUCGUGCAAUUAGGGGAAACUAUGUAAAUAAUUAAUUGAGUGUUAUAAUUAUAAUAGCCAAUUAUAGACUCUAUAGAUACAAUUUUAAUUGAAUAAGCCGUGAUUUUAAAAUGUUUUUUUAAGAUGAAGUCUGUAGGAUAAUCGGUAAAAAUUUCAUGUUGUAUAUUAAGAUUGGGAAGCGGGCAUAGUAGAGUUCAUACAUUUGCAACUAAGCGCAAGUAGCCAAUGUAUGAGGUCACAAUAAACAGUAAUCAAUGUGUAAACAGGCCCCAAUGUGAAGCAACACUUAUCCCACUUAUGCCACACAUACCCGAGAUGUAGUGCAUAAUCGUUUUCCAUCGUAUUUUCUCGGAAACGUUCGUAUUUGUCAUGCUACUUCAGUCAACCUCAGUACUUUUUGUACCGAGACUGACUGAAAUAUCAAGACACGUUCGUACGUUUCCGUGAUACGAUAGACAAUAAUGUAGCACUACAUCUGUAUUGACCUUAUUUCUAAAUAAGAAAGGGCGUAACCAAAACUGUGCUCAUGCUUCCCCAAACUCAUAUAAAUCACGCAGCUACAGUUUGGACAGCGAUUACAUAUUCCCGAUGUCUCUGCUAUAAGACAGACAUUUCUGCUUUUGCUUUUAACCCGUCGAACGUCCACCAUACAACAAAUUGAUUCAAAGCAAUUUGACCCAUAUUGAUCUGUGGUAACACACGUCUGAUAUUGAGUGGCUACGACCCAAAUUGGGUUAGUAUCACAAGUGUGAUAAUAGGGCGCUCCACGGGCUAAGUCCAAUCUAAUCUACUUAUAAUCUCAUAGUUCUCACAGAGGCUUAAGAACAGCAAAAGGCAAAGUGUUGACAGUAUAGUUUACUAAGGAAACACCACUUAUGCUAAAAUUCAGAGCUAGCUGGGUAGAAAUUAUUGACAAGAUGAACUCUUAAUCAUACCUUCCUGAAAUAAUUGUGUGGUAUAGGUUUUAAUAUGUAUGUAAUUAAUCUGGUCUAAACUAUGGCUGCGAGAUCCUCACUAUUCAUACAUACAUACAUACACUACAAUAAUCGCGACGACGAGUAAAUGUUGUGCGACACUAAUCCCAGUGACUUACUUAUACGUUUGCAAAAUAUUUUAUUCGUUAAUAGGCUAAAACGUUGCAUUUACACAUAACACAAUUAAACACUUUAAUUAUAAACCUGUAAUAAAGAAACUCAUAUACAUACAAGUAUGAACGCUGAAAACAACUCCUUUUUUUGGGCAGUCGUGUAAAAAAAAUAGGCAGAAACAGCGUGAUUCUUUUAUUAUUUCUUUAUUUACUGUCCUCGAACGCAUUUAAAAAUCUCGUAGGGUAACCUCGCCCAUUGUGGACUCUAGCAAAAACUGGCUGCCAUUGUCAGGUAUUUCGCCCUACAACGCACUAUCAAUAGAUUGAUAACGCCAUCAUAGCAGAACCCCGGCAGAAUUGAUUUCAUUCAUUGUAACAUAGUAUGUAUUAUGAAAUUAGAUUUAUGAGAUGAUUUGUGGCCUAAUAAACGUAAUAGACGAACCAACGAGCGAUGAGGUUGCAAUUUAGUUAAGUUUACGUCGUGGUACAGGUGGUAAGACCAAUAUGCUACACAUACAGGAACUAUUUUUGGUCGGUUAUAAAUCUUAACGGAUUUUAUUUUCAAUAAUUAGGAGGCACGUGGGAUCCUGUUAGGAUUCGGCUGAAUCUAUUUACUUUCGCAUGGAGUUAAAAAGUGUCUCCACAUGCAUUACGUAUUUCGAGUUGUGUUAGUCCCUGGGAGUUAAACUCUCUUCAGUCGUUGUAAUGUUAAUAAAAUAUCUGGGAGACCGAGCAAAGCUCGGAAAACAUAUAAAGACUCAAAAAUGCGCGUUUUCCCAGAGAUAAGACCUAGCUAGAUCGAUUUUUUGGCCCCGAAAACCCCCAUAUACCAAAUUUCAUCGAAGUCGUUAGAGCCGUUUCCGAGAUCCCCGAAUACAUAAAUAAAUAAUAUAAAUAAAUAUACAAGAAUUGCUCGUUUAAAGGUAUUAGAUAGAUACAUUUCAUGAAAAUGGUUAUAAAGCAGUUAGUCUUACCGCCUAAGCCUGUAUAAUGUAGCAGCUACGUUUAAGCGCCCAGUCGAAGCGACUCCAUCCCUCAAAGUUGCUCAAUGACAAAACGUCUGCUUUUCGUGUUCGAUAAACUUAAGAUUUUCGUAUCCCCCUAAUCUGAAUGUUAGAGUAGUACCCGCGUUCCUGAUAGGCAGACUAGUUACGAAGGUGAAUUGAAUUUUAUCUUUAGGCCAGUGCUAUUCAGUGUGGUUACUAUUAGUCCCCAUUUUGCCGGUAAAUACCGGUAAACAUUUUCAAUGAAUACACGUGCAUUAAUAGUUUUCCAUCGUAUUUUCGGAAGCGUUCGUAUGUGUCAUGCUACUUCAGUCAACCUCAGUACUUUUUGUACCGAGACUGGCUGAAAUAGCAAGACACGUUCGUGAGUUUCCGUGAAAAUACGAUGGAAAAUAACUUUGCACUACAUCUGUAAAUGGGGAUAUUGGGGAUAAAAUAGGAAUAGCCAAUGAUUUCUCACAAAUACAGCAUUUAAAGAUGGCUGUCUAGUCUGUGCGCUUCCAGUGUUAUAUUUAGGCAUAUUAGUUAUUUCGUUUCGUAUAUUUAGUACACUACAAUAUUCAUCACAUUUUCUUCGUGUCAUAAUAGGCUGGAUAUUUCCAUAUUUGUUUAUGUAUUUGCUUGUUUGUGUCACAUAUGAUAUGACCUUAAAUAUGUCCAAGUACUCAAUAAGAGUUCAUUAGAGCAACAAAUAUUUUACUUUAUGCAAAAUGAUUAUGUAUAGGUAUUUAUGGCAAGCGUGUAUCUGAAAGCGCACGGGCAUAGACAAUAGUUCAACAAAGAACUGUAACUUGUGUUAUAGGGUUAUUCAUUAAUUUUGAAAACACUGCAACACCCGGUACUGGAACCCUAUGCUAUCACGCAGAAACUUAUUUAAUUUUAGCUUACAUAAAUAGGGUAAAUGCAUUUAUUGGCAACCAGACUACUUUUUGACAGGAGUGUUAAAAUCUUGGUGGAGUCAAUGAAUGGAUUAUAUCCCCCUAUUCUGUUUCGUUACACCAGUCCAUUUCAGGACUAGUUUUUAAACAUUUAUUGAAUAUUUGUCCCAAUGCAGUUAUAUUGCCAGUUCUCGUGGGCGACGCUAAGGCGCAACGGAAAUAUUAAUUGUGUUCAAUUUAAUGAUUAUUUAUAUUCUCACUUGGUUAUAAUUUUAGACGCUACCUUCGCAAAUCGCCUAGUGUCUCACUAGCUACUUAAUACUGCAAUUCAGUUUUAAUGCAUAAUUAUAUCUAAGUCGUUACGUUGCAAUAUUUCACCUAAAGGUUACGAAUAUACAUUAUUUUAGCAGCUUUCAAGAUGGAUUCGUAAAUAACAUUUGAUUUUAAUGCUUUAUAUUUUGUUUUGUAUAACGAAUUAUAGCUUUUUUUGGUGUAUGUUUUGUGAUACAAUCAAUUUUAGAUCAAUAAUCUAAAUGGGUAAAUAAUCCUUAGAUGAAAUGAGCUUGUAAAUAUUUCGAUCUGGUUGUUUAUUAGAUACAGCAUAAUGCUUAUUGUGUCCAAGUGUUGAAGUGAAAUAACCACAAGUUUUUUAGUGGAAAGUAAAUGAAAGUGGUUAUUUUACAGUGUGGUUGAAAUUAUUUGUGCUGAACGUUCAAAUCCACGUUAGCCAACGUAGUCCAGAUGACAAUAGCACAUCGGCAAACGUCAUAUGAAUAGAAAAAAUGUAACCGGAUAACCAUAUGCUACGAAAAGUCACGUGACUUUAUUCAUACAUUAUUUAAGUUUCGAAUGGCGUUUUCUAUUCGCGAUUGUCAUCUUCUCAUCUCGGCCUGUGGUUAGUUAAAAACAUAUUUCUAAUUUUAAUGGCAAUUAAUUUCAACUACCUUCACACGUCCAAACUGUGAACUGUCACUUGUAAAGUGAUUUUAUCAGUAUUGUGCGAGACGGUGAGGUUGUAUUAUAAAAGGCCGUCCGCCGAGGGCCGUCGCAUAAUCAACACGUAGAUUUUAGAUAGUAUGUUUGUGAUAAUCACAGAAGCUAUCAUCUGUACAGGUGUAGCGCAUAAUUGUUUUCCAUCGUGUUUUCUCGGAAACGUUCGUAUUUGUCAUACUACUUCAGUCAACCUCAGUACUUUUUGUACCGAGACUGGCAGAAAUAGCAAGACAUGUUUGUAUGUGAAAAUACGAUGGAAAAUAAUUAUGCACUACAUCUAUAGAGCGUUUAUGUACAUAGUAGCGGGUAAUAUGUAAGUGAAAAGCUAUAUUUUGUUAUUGUAAAACGAAAUGCGCCCUCUAGUUUGCCAUACCGCAAUCCUUUUGUGCUCCCAUCCCGUACCGUUUCUGUAGCGUGUUGCGAUUAACAAUGGAAUAUUUUGCAAUAUAUUAAUAUAAUUUUUUAUUCACUAAGUGAUCGUAAAAUAGAGCUGUAUAUUAUCCAGAUGUUAAAUAUUAUUAUUUCUUUCUUAAUGUUUGAACUAAGCAUGUAAAAUUUAAAAUAAUAAUAUAGAAUAAAAGAUGUUAUGAUAAUUAAUUACAUAAAAUCUUCGUUUGAA